CGGCCGCCCCGCCCGCCUCAGGUGGGGUCACCGGGCCCGCCCUGCUCGCUCCGGCGGCGUCCGGUCGCGUCUCCUCAGCUUCUCGACCGCGGCCGCGGCGGCGGCGGUAGCUCUUCAAGUUUUGACGUUUCGGCCGCGGAGGCGCGCGCCUGCUGUGCCCGGCCGCCGGCUGUGGAGGCGGCUGACCCUCGAGGGCCCCUCAGCCGCGCCCCGGCGCUCCCGCCGCCCAGCGUCGGGCGGCCCCGAGGCCCGGCCGCGUCCUCCCGCGCUCGCCCGCCCGGCGGCUGCAGCCAUGUCGCGGGGGCCGGAGGAGGUGAACCGGCUCACGGAGAGCACCUACCGGAAUGUUAUGGAACAGUUCAAUCCCGGGCUACGAAAUUUAAUAAACCUGGGAAAAAAUUAUGAAAAAGCUGUUAAUGCUAUGAUCCUGGCAGGAAAAGCCUACUACGAUGGAGUGGCCAAGAUUGGUGAGAUUGCCACCGGGUCCCCCGUGUCGACAGAGCUAGGCCAUGUUCUCAUAGAGAUUUCGAGUAUCCACAAGAAACUCAAUGAGAGCCUUGAUGAAAACUUCAAAAAUUUCCAUAAAGAGAUCAUCCGUGAGCUGGAGAAGAAGACAGAACUUGAUGUGAAAUAUAUGAACGCAACUCUCAAAAGAUACCAAGCAGAACACAGGAAUAAAUUAGAUUCUUUGGAGAAAUCUCAAGCUGAAUUGAAGAAGAUCAGAAGGAAAAGUCAAGGAGGACGAAAUGCUCUCAAAUAUGAACACAAAGAGAUUGAGUAUGUAGAAACCAUUACUUCUCGCCAGAAUGAAAUCCAGAAAUUUAUUGCAGAUGGUUGCAAAGAAGCUCUACUUGAGGAGAAAAGGCGCUUCUGCUUUCUAGUUGACAAACACUGCAGCUUCGCGAAUCACAUACAUCAUUAUCACUUACAGUCUGCAGAAUUGAUCAAUUCCAAACUGCCUAAGUGGCAAGAAACGUGUGGUGAUGCCACCAAAGUACCAGAGAAAGUCAUGAAUAUGAUUGAAGAAAUUAAGACCCCAAUCUCCACCCCAAUGUCUGGAACGCCUCUGCCUUCACCCAUGAUCGAGAGAAGUAGCGGGGUUGGGCGAGAUUAUGACACCCUUUCUCAAUAUUCACCAAAGAUCCCCUCGGCUCCUUCAGCCAGAGCAUCGACCAGCCCUUUGGUUGACAUGUUUAAUAACCCAGCCACAGUCGCACAGAAUUCAGAAAGAAAAAAUAAUUCAACAGGUUCUUCAGAUGACCCCAGUUUACAGCGAUCGGUUUCUGUUGCCACCGGACUGAACAUGGUGAAAAAACAGAAAGUGAAAACCAUCUUUCCGCACACAGCUGGCGCUAACCAGACCUUACUUAGCUUCGCACAGGGGGAUGUCAUAACGCUGCUCAUCUCUGAGGAGAAGGAUGGCUGGUUGUACGGAGAGCAUGACGACACCAAAGUGAGGGGUUGGUUCCCAUCGUCAUACACAAAGUUGCUGGAGGAAAACUCCAAGGAGACCCUGAGCGUGCCCGGGCCAAGCUCAGCGCCGGUACGAAGUGUGAGCACAAUGAACUUAUCUGAGAAAAGCAGCGUCGUCAUCCCACCACCGGAUUACUUGGAAUGUUUGUCCACGGGGGCGGCUGCAGAUAAGAAAGAUGUUUCCCAAAAUGCUCCUACCUUUAAAGCACCAGUGUCCAAACCAGAAACCACGUCUCCGAACAAUGCAAAUGGGUUUGCAAAGCCUCCUUUUCUCAGUGGAGAAAACCCCUUUGCUACUGUGAAACUCCGACCAACGGUGACAAACGAUCGUUCAGCACCAAUCAUUCAAUGAAAAGGUGGCCCCGGAAUCUUCUGGUUCCCCGCUGGGUUCUCACUUGGGAAAAGAUAGGAACAUGUGUGUGAUAAGUGCUGUCUUAUUGUAAAGCUUUACCAGAGGGUGCCUGAUUUUACACGUAUUCCACUUGAGCAAAUCAGUGCAUUUCCUAAUUUAACAUGGUUGGGUUUACAUAUUUCUGUCUUUAAGAUAAAUCCGUCAUAGUUUAGUUACAACUCAAUCACUUAAAAUAUUUUCUUCCCAUUCUGUUCAAAAACAGUAAAUCUGGUUCCAAUCCUUAUUGUAUCAUUUUCUGAAACUAUUCUAUGAUUAUUUUUUUAACAGCCAGCGUAAGGGACAGUCAAUGCUUUUGUGACUGGCUUUCUGCACCUGAAUGCAAAUGAGAUCAGUUUUAUUUUACAAAGCAUGUGCUCUUAAAUAGCAUUAUGAUGUUUAAAGGAAAUACUGUGUAAAUUUGCAUCAUAGCAUGCAAAUAAUCUUAAGCAAUAUAAAUUAUGAGAAUAUUGUAUAAAAUUUAAUUUUUUAACUUAAAAAUUUUUAAAUGUUUGCUUAAUCAAAUGUAGCCCUGCCCAAAAUGCAGCCUCCUGCAAGUUCUCAUGACUUAGACACAGCUCUAGAGCACUGAGAAGUCACCUGUCCCUAUCACAGCCAUGUUAGUACUUGAAUAAUUUCUAAGAAGUACUGAAUUUGGUAUUCUGAGUUACUGACUGGAAUGACUAGUGAAAACACACCAGGCCAUGCCACAUAUGGGCCUGGCUCACAGGGUAACGCAUGCCUCUGGAGACUCCACGUGCAGAAGCCCUGGGUCCUGUCACUAAGCUAGCUGACCAAAGCUGCCUCCAUCACUAAUAUACUCUGAAACCUCAUGGGGUGCAAGUUUCUCUACUUUUCAAUCAGGUGUUGAAACUGCAAACAGCACUGAUAAAGCCAGGAGGAUCGGGGGGCUGCACUCCAGCUGAGUCCCACUCCAGUGCACUGUGAACCUGGGCUUCUACAGGGGGGUGUCAGAGCCAGUGGUGGUGGGUUUUUUUUUUUUGUCUGUGGCUGUCAGGGACUAGGCCCAAUUUGGAGGAGUGGAGAGCGGUGAUGAAAACUCACACCCAGGCCAUCCACUGUGUGCGGGCAGGGGAGGGGGACUGUUGCCUAUCACAGCUUUUAGUUUUGCCAUGAACGUUUCUAUACGCUUGAAAUUGGUCAAGGUCAAAUGCAGGUAAACCAGUGUAAGCAUGUGACACUUCGGGUUCUUGGUCCUGUCCUCCUCCUGGCUGGGCCCGCCAAGCGGGCAACCCCGCCACGACCCCUUGGUGGUGGGAGUCUGGGACUGUGUGAGGGCUCCCAGGAACGGCAGGCUGAGGGCAUCUGUCAAGCAGCACACUUCUGUUGAGAGCAGACACCUCUGCCAGCCAAGAAAACACAAUCAGAUCAGUCACAUGGCCCACUGCUCCUCUCACCAUUUAACAACAGUAGCCCUUUAUUUUGAACAGUGUGGAGGGAGUGAGGUAGCCCUUUAUUUUGAACAGUGUGGAGGGAGCGAGCUGUAGGCUUUGGGAGCUUGUUAAUGUGGGAGAAGGGGCAGGGGGUGUCACACUGGCCUCCAGAACUCCGCUGCUGGGGAUCUUACGGCUGUGUUACAGCGCCGGCACGGGUCCUGGGACCAUCAGAUGCCCUUUGCAGGCCCACCUGGUUCACCCAGCCUGUCCACAACGCCACAGAAGGGACCCCAGCCAUCACUUACCUGCCUCACACAGGACAGGAGGCCUUGCCUUAGGUCCUGGGCACUGGGGUGCAUGCUCUGUAAAUGUCAAGGUAUUAGGUUUCAUUAUAAUAAUAAAAACUUGAAAACUA